UUUGAUAAAUCAUUAUAAAAGACAAUCAAUUGAUCUUAGAGCAAUUAUUCGUAUUAAUUAUUUGUAAUUAUGAAGACAUUAAUUUGUUUGUGUUUGGCUGUAACGAUACGGUUGACAUCUGCCCAAAUGCUAUCGUACAGUGGCUCACAACCAAUCUCUGCAUCUGCUCUUCAGAACUUCAACAGGAAUUAUGAAAAUUUCAACAGUCUUUCAAACGCCAACAACAUUGGGUUGCCAACACAUAACAGAUUGCCAUUGGCCAGUAUGAACGCUGCAAACAUACCAAUUACCAACCAAUUAAGAAACAUGCCAAUAGCAAACAACAUUGCCAGUGCAAAUUCAAAUAUUUUCUUGAACAAUUUAUCUGGUAACAACAACUUGCCAGCUAGAAAUUUAAUUAGUAACAACUUGGCAAAUUCUAAUUUAUUAAAUGGCAACACUGUACAUACUUUUGCCAAUAAUAUGAACGUGGCCAAUUCAAAUCUAGCUAACCAGUAUUUAUACAACACUAACUUAGCCAAUCUUAAUUCGGUCAAUCAAAAUUUGGCUCAUACAAAAUUGCAAAACAAUUUCUACGACUAUAAUUCGAAUAUUUGUAAUUCUGUUUCUAAUCCGAAUUCAAUAAAUAUGAAUGUUGCCAGUGUUAAUUUGGCGAAUGGCUACAACAUUAACACUGGCAAAUUCGAGCCAAUUAAUAAUCAGUUACUGGCAGAAGCGUUAUCGGCUUAUAAUUCUGGCAUUGAAAUAAUAGCGGACGGUUUGGAAGUAGGAGGAUCGCUCUCUAUCCGUGGUCAGUAUCCCAUACAAGGCACUGUCGGUUUAAAUGGAAAUUUGCCAUCCAAUGGCAUGGCAACUACAUUAUAACAUAGAUUAUCAAUACGAUUAUUUAUUUAACUUAACAAUGCUAUUAAUUUAUUAUUAUUUAAGUAAGUUAUUUAUUGAUUUAAAUUUAAUUAUUAUUUUUUUAUUAAAUCCUUCAAAAUGAA